AGAUUUGUGGCGCACUGAAUUGGAGGAGCGAGUUAGCAUAUUAGGUGAGAGUGAGUCAACUCAGUAGUCUUGUCCGGUGGGCUCAACUCGUCCCCAUAUAAAAACACCCUCCCACUCUUUCAUUUUCUCCAACAACACCCGCUUUCUCUCACCUAAAUUAACCAACCUCUCCCUCCCAAGCCCAACUACUACAAUCUAUUCACACACAUUACAAACACAUACUUUAAAACAUCUCUCUCCAUCUCUCUCCGGUCUCUCGCUCUCUCUCUCUCAAUAUGCAAUCGGAAUCAAUGGAGGUGUCGCCGGUGGAUUUGCUGACGUCGAUUCUCAAAAUUGAUUCGGUGGAGUCAAUGACGAUGCUCCUCGAGAACCGAGAGAUGAUGAUGCUGCUCACGACGUCGUUCGCGUUGUUAGUUGGAUUUGGACUGGUGCUGAUGUGGCGGAGAUCGACGACGAAGAGUGUGAAGAGUUUUGAGCCGGCGAAGAUUGUGAUCCCGAAGUUCGAGAUGGAGGAGGAACUCGAUGACGGUAAAAAGAAGGUUUCGAUUUUUUACGGCACUCAGACUGGCACUGCCGAAGGUUUUGCUAAGGCACUUGCGGAGGAGGCGAAAGCAAGAUACCAGAAUGCUACCUUUAGAACUAUUGAUUUGGAUGAUUAUGCUGCUGAGGAUGAUGAGUACGAGACUAAACUUAAGAAAGAAUCUCUAGUUUUCUUCUUCUUAGCCACGUAUGGUGAUGGUGAACCAACUGACAAUGCCGCGAGAUUUUAUAAGUGGUUCUGUGAGGGUAAAGAGAGAGGGGAGUGGCUUAAAAAUCUUGAAUACGGUGUUUUUGGCCUUGGCAACAGGCAAUAUGAGCAUUUCAACAAGAUCGCAAAGGUUGUGGAUGACGGCCUUGCUGAGCAGGGUGCCAAGCGUCUUGUUCCCGUUGGUAUGGGAGAUGAUGAUCAAUGCAUUGAAGAUGACUUUACUGCAUGGCGGGAGUUGCUCUGGCCUGAGUUGGAUCAACUGCUCUUGGAUGAUGAUGCUAUGGCUGUUGCCACUCCUUAUACAGCUGCUGUGCUGGAAUAUCGUGUUCAGUUAUAUAAUCAAAGUGAUACAUCAUCUCCACUGGAUCGGAGUAUGAGUAAAUUAAAUGGCCAUGCUGUAUAUGAUGCUCAACAUCCCUGCAGGGCUAAUGUGGCUGUAAGAAGAGAGCUUCACACCCCUGCAUCGGAUCGUUCCUGCACCCAUCUUGAGUUUGAUAUUUCCUCUACUGGACUUGCAUAUGAAACUGGUGACCACGUAGGAGUCUACACUGAAAAUCUCAUUGAAGUUGUCGAAGAAGCUGAAAGGUUGAUUGAUAUAUCACCAGAUACUUAUUUCUCCAUUCAUACUGAUAACGAAGAUGGAACACCUCUUAGUGGGGGAUCCCUGCCACCUCCCUUUCCGCCAUGCAGCUUUAGAACUGCGCUUACUAGAUAUGCAGAUCUUUUGAGUUCUCCAAAAAAGUCUGCUUUAGUUGCUUUAGCGGCUCAUGCAUCUGACCCAAGCGAAGCUGAACGACUGAGAUUUCUUGCAUCUCCAGUUGGAAAGGAUGAAUAUGCACAGUGGAUCGUUGCUAAUCAGAGGAGCCUCUUAGAGGUCUUGGCUGAGUUUCCAUCAGCCAAACCCCCACUUGGAGUUUUCUUUGCAUCUGUUGCCCCACGCUUACAGCCCCGAUACUAUUCUAUUUCUUCCUCACCAAGGUUGGCUCCAUCAAGAAUUCAUGUAACUUGUGCAUUAGUUCACGAGACAACACCUGCUGGAAGAAUACACAAAGGGAUCUGUUCUACUUGGAUGAAGAAUGCUGUUUCAUUGGAGGAUUCUCAUGUGAGCAGCUGGGCUCCCAUAUUUGUUAGGCAGUCUAACUUUAGACUUCCAUCUGAUUCAAAAGUACCUAUUAUCAUGAUUGGCCCUGGCACCGGUUUGGCUCCUUUUAGGGGUUUCAUGCAGGAAAGGUUAGCUCUUAAGGAAACUGGAGCAGAACUUGGAUCUGCAGUACUGUAUUUUGGAUGCAGGAAUAGAAAAUUGGAUUUCAUUUACGAGGAUGAGCUUAAUCAAUUUGUUGAAACUGGUGCGAUAUCGGAGUUGGUUGUUGCUUUCUCACGUGAGGGUCCUGCUAAGGAAUAUGUCCAACAUAAGAUGAGUCAAAAGGCUUCAGAGAUAUGGGACAUGAUAUCUCAGGGAGCAUAUGUAUAUGUUUGUGGUGAUGCCAAAGGCAUGGCCAGAGAUGUCCACAGAAUGCUCCACACAAUUGCACAAGAACAGGGAGCUCUGGACAGUAGCAAGGCGGAGAGCUUCGUGAAAAAUCUUCAAAUGAGUGGGAGAUAUCUGCGUGAUGUAUGGUAAAUUGGUAAUAGUUGUUAUAUGGGCCCUUCUCUUAAUAAUAAGGGUAUGUAGAAAGAAAAUAUGGCUGUAAAUUUAUUUGAUGAAGUGAGCUUGUUGGGGACCGAAAAUCUUGAAGUACAUGGCGCAAGUACGAAGAGGAAACUUCCACAGAUUUUGUGCAUGUCGUCUCAUAUUUAUUCUUUUCUGUUUCUUGCUAGAUAUAGCUUUUUGGGUAUUAAGCAUCACGUUUUAUGUAAGAUAGUAAUUGUAGGCAUCUAGACCGGACUCUAUAUCAGGAGCCGCCAAAUUGUAACUUGCUUUGAGGUAAAUGGUAUUGACAUCGAAACUAUUUAUGAUUGAAAAAUAAGAUGACCAAUUAUCAAAA